AUGAAGGGUCCUGGUAAAUUACUAGGAUAUCGUGCUUUACAUAAAAAGAUUAGAGAAAUUCAUGGUCUAAAGGUACCAAGAGAUUUAGUGUAUGCUAUGAUGGCAGAAGUAAAUCCUGUUGGUCUUCAAGAAAGAGCUGGUGUUGGAGGAAGAAGAUGUGCACGAAAAGAUGCAUUUACAUAUGAGGGUUCAGAGUGGACAAUGUCACUUGAUGGCCAUGAUAAACUAUUAUUUAAUGUUUUAGUUAUGCCUACAUGGCUACGCAUUGAUAAGGGUACUGAAACGGUGGAUAUGGCCACCAUGCACUCCUACCUUCUAUCAAAGCAUGAAAGUGAUGAAUAUUCAGCAGAUUGUGUCAUUUAUGGCCCAUCUACCGAAAACAAGAUAGAACAAUGGUGGAAAGAGUUACUAGAAAGACUGGAAACAUUUUUUAAAGACCAAAAUAUGCUGGCAUAUGUGUAUGUUCCAGUAGUUCAAAAAGAGUUAGACAUCUUUAGAAAAACAGUGUGGAAUUCUCAUCGUGGAAGAAAGCAGCAAAACAAACAACUUCCUUGUGGGGUUCCUGACUAUAUAUACUAUCACCCUGAGCAGUAUGGAGGUGAGCAAUGUGGCUACAUUUUCAGUGAAAAGCAUUUGGAAGAAGUUGCGAAGUUAUCUGGUGUUUUGGAAGACACAGACGAUUUUCUGGAUGUAGAAUUCCGAGCAAGUUGUGAAGAGCACAUCCCAAAUACUGAUGAAAUUAAGCCUGACCAAGCUGCAAAUGCAUACUUGUUCCUGAAGUCACAUUUAACAUAA